AUGAAUUUCGAAUACAUUGCAACGAGCAUACCGGGACCAGGCUCAGACGCGAACGACUUUCAGUUAACCUACGAUGGUUGUAGUUGCAGCGGCGCGUGCCGGUCCAAUCGAAAUUGUGAAUGUCUGAGAUUCGAUAACAAUUACGAGGGGGAUCGGCUGAAAUACUUAAAUCCUUCUUAUGUGGUGUUGGAGUGUGGUUCAAAUUGCGCUUGCAAUAAUUCAAUUGAGCUUUGCACAAACCGGCUUGUUCAGAAUGGAAUUCGAGUACCAUUGGAUUGUGGACAAUUUGUCUGUGAAUAUGCUGGCGAAAUAAUUAGUGUUGACGAGGCAAGGCAGCGAUAUCGAUCGAUUUUUCCUGAUGGGUCGAACUAUAUUUUUAUUCUUCGAGAGUAUUUUUCAGGAAGUGAAUCGCCAUGCGUUACAUGUAUUGAUCCAAGAAGAAAAGGCAAUCUUGGUCGCUUUGUUAAUCAUUCUUGCAUGCCAAACCUUCUCAUGGUGCCUGUGCGCUAUGAUGUUCAGAUUCCACAUUUUGGUCUGUUUGCUAAUCGUCGUAUACAAGCUGGUGAAGAGCUAAGUUACAGUUACGGAGAAUUAAAACAAUGUUUCUGCGGCAGUGAAAGUUGUUGUGGCUUUCUUCCGUAUGAUCCGCUGUUAUAA